ACGACGUAGGUACGAACGGUUAUAAACUACCUACCGAGUACCGACAGCAGUACUAAAACUGCAAUCAAAUCAUGCACAUUCGCUUAAACGUAGUUAAUAUCGUAUUCAUUGUUGUUGUUGUUGUUCGUAUACAAACCACGGCGUCUAUGCUAUACGUUAAGUGAAGUAAUACAUUUUUAGGUGUUUACAUAAUAUUUUUCUUUGUACCUACAGUUGCAUCAAUCUCGGAGACUUGAAUGCAUAUUUAAAGGAAUAAGCUGAAAAUCAAUCAUGGAGAUCUGCGGUAUAAUUGAUAUAAAAGUACCGGCUAAAGGUAGAAAAUUCGGUUCGUGGAAGGCGUGGAAAAGCCAAUGGUGUGAAGUACUCAAAAACGAAAAUCGUAUGAUCAUCAACAUUGGACAUAGUAAGGGAAAUGUUACAUCGUGUUUAGCAGUACCUAACAACGCAAUUAUCUACCGAAUUAAAUCCAGGACUAAAGCCUACGGUUUUGGAAUAUUUUAUGCAGGACAAAAGGAACAACAACCAUGUAUUUUUCUUGCUGGAAAAUCAGAAACCGAGUCACAGAAAUGGAUGAAAUCUAUAAGAGAUGUUUUAAAACCACCAACACAUUUAAAGACAACAAACGAGUAUACUGUAUCGAUAAUUGACAACGAACAUUCUAAAACGGCUGGUUUAACCGGCCUAUAUGGUACUCUAUCUGUAAAGUCAGAAGAAAUAUUGGUGACUGACCCACACACAGGAAAAAUCAAAGUAACACUCCAUUGGACACAAAUACAAUGUAGUUACUUACCUCUGCCGGCCGUAUCAGAUGAUUUACAUAGAGUGUGCACAAUACGCACAAACAGCAAGUUUAAAGCGGGCGAUGGUGACUUAGAACUGUACUGCACGGAAGCCGACGAGUUGCACAACGAGCUGUUGUCUUGCCCGCGACCGUUGCCCAGGAUCGCCACCACGCCAUUGCCGCCGACGCCCAAGGACUGCAGACAGGUGCGCUACGACCAUUGGUCCGCCGCCGAUUCACCUUCGACGACGCCGCCACGGCGUCUGCUGGAGUCCAGACGAAUGAGCAGGAGCGAGGGCGAUCUAAAGAAGUUCGUCAUGCAACAAUCCGCACCCACGCUGAGGUCGGCCGGUUCCCAACAACAUCUCGUGCUCAUGCCCAGGUCCAACGGUUUGGCGCAAAAGAGUUCGUCGCACUACCUGUUGACCAGCGUGGGAUUGCUAUUGGCCACACCAGGAUACAGUGAACCCAACUCGAUGCAAGACUUACGGCUGAUCGACCAACACCUGCUCAGUACACGUUUACAAGGAAUAGUGGACGAAGAAAGCGCGGACGCUGAUGGAAAGAGCGAGGAAGACGAGGAUUACGAAGACAUGUUGCACAUGGAUAUUGAACAGACGAACGAUGUACCGCCACCAUUACCGCCGAGACAAUUGAAAUAUGUCACCAUGGCCAAUCUAGGAGGAAACAACAAAUUAUACAUUUCCGGUCCAGUACCUAUAUGACAUAUAUACAUGUAUAUAGUAUAUCUACUACUUAUGUAUAUAGAUAAAAAAUAAGUAUACCGUACCUAUAUUAGAAAUAAGUCCAUAAACCACGAGGAACAUUUUGUGGACGCCGCCGACGUCGUCGUUCGAAUGAUUGACGUCUAGACGAUAAAUCCAAGCAAUGUGGCUAUCUGCUGAACAUAUUUUGAAUAACUCUUCGGAUACCGUACUUUUCAUUCCUCCUGCACAGUUCAAGGAAACCACGGAUGAGAAUUACCGUCGGACUUCGAUUGAAGAUAAUAUUAUAUUAUUAUGGAACAUUGCAUGUCCGCAUAUUAUAAUAAUUGUUAUGAGAACCACACGACGCGUCGCGCGAAUGUCACGAUACCUACUGGACAGCGUGUGGUUUAACGCCCAAAACGUUUCGUGCACAAACAAUAUUAUAUUGUAUUAUUAUUUAUUGUUAGAGUAGUUAUUAAUUAAACACACCCAUACAUAUUAUUAUUAUUGGCGUUAAGAUCCUGUAUCGAAUACGGAAUAAUAUAAUAUACCUUGUAUUCGAUCUUAACUUGUGAGGAGAAAAACUAUUAGUUGCAUAUUCUAGACAACAGUUUGUUUUUGACAUCAGGUCAUAUGACUCUCGGUAUAUAGCGGAUAUUCCCCCCCGCUUAGGACAUUUCCUCCAAAGAAAAUAUAUUAAAACAUAUAAUAUAAUAUAUUAUUAAGUAUCUACCUACCUAAUGUCGAGCUAUCUCAAAAUGUCCACCAAAUACUUCAAUUAAAUAAUACUUAAUAUAUAUCUAUUAUAUAUUUAUAUGAAUCGCAGACCCCCCCCAACCCUGACGGUUUUCGGUGUAUAGUAGGACAUUUUCCCCCGAUAUAUUUUUGAUGCAGACAUUUAACCCCCCCCCCAUUUUUUUAAAAGUUACUAUUUAAUAAUAUAAUAAAUUAUAGAUGUAUAUUUUUGAUUAACUGAACUACUUGAAUCAAAUUCACAAGCAAUUAUUAAAUUGUUAAAUAUUCAAACUGGUACAGUUUUAACAAAAAAUAAAAAAUAAAUAUGAACAAAGGCUAAAAAAUGUAAGUUAAGAAAUAACAUUAGAAUUCGAAUGUAUCAUUUUUAUGUUGGAAUAUUUAUAGUAAUUAAAAAUGUUUCGUACCUACCUAUUAAGAAAUGUAUAUCAUUUAUGUAAUAUUCAAUAUUAUUGUAUGGCCGUAUAGGAAUUUAUCUUACAUGAUAAAUUUGUAAGAUCAUAAUAUUAUAUUAUAACAAAAAUAAUACAAUUAAUGUACCUAAUAUAAAUGUUACUUACCUAUGAUUUGUAUUUGAACCUUAAAUAAAAAGACCAGAUCUUAUCAUAUAACAUUUCCUUGUUGGUUUAUCAACAAAGCCACAUCUAAAAUGUUAUCUACUUAUAUAAAGUAUAUGUAGGUAGGUACUUAUUAGGUAAGAAUUUUAGAUUUUAAGCAGAAUGAUAAAUGUAUAGGUUUUUUUUUAAUCAUGUUAUGAGUGUUUUUCAAAUUUAACACCAGGCUCCUAAAAUAAUAUUCUUACGAACUAAAAAUUUUAAUAUAUCGUAAACAUAUUAUAACAAUAUUUGAUUUUACGUGGGUUUGAAGUUUAAAUUUUGACGAAAUAUAACCAUUUUUCCUCAAUUGAUUUUAGUUAUUUUGUUGUGUAUUAAAAGGAAUUAACACACCUGACACUAUUUUUUGCUAUAUUAAGCAUAAUAUUCUCUAACCUCUAUACCUAACCUAUUACCUACACAAAGUAAUUUUCAAAAUAUUUAGUUAGGUACACUAAUUCUAAGUUACCCAUAAGGCCAUAGAUCAUACAAAAGUAGAAUCUAUACAUUCACACUACUUUAUAGGUAUGCGGUACUCCAGUAUUAACUUAAGGUAUAUGAAAAAAAAUCGGUUCAACCUACAGAAUUAAGAAAAUAUUUAGAAUUAGGCUAUUAGGGUUACGAUAUUUAUGAUUAUGAACUUGAACAUUCUCAAAA